AUGGCUGGUGAUAGUGAUAAUGUACUUCCAAUACCAAAUCCAAGGCUCUUGGAUAAAUUGACACAAACGGAAGUUAAGAAUCAUUUUAGGAAUCAAUUCCUUGGAAAAAUGAUUCAAUUUGAUAUCUCUCAUUAUGAAUUGGAAAAUUUUUUAACGCAAAAACUUUUGGGAAGAGAUUUACUUUACGUUACAUUUGAAGAAAUUCGUUCUUUUGGAAUUAGUUAUGGUUCAGCCAAGAGACUUUGUGAAGAAAUUACGAGAUUGAAACAAUUAUUUCAAAAUUGUUAA